CCGGAUUGUUUUUCUGGCUUCCAAUCUGAAUGAAUAUUGUUGAGCGUUGAGGCUGUGCCCUAAAAGGGAGAGACAGGGGUAUUUCCAGCGAGUUGAUGGGGAAGGCCGAGUUUUCCCGCUGUUCGCUGUGUGCGAUGCUGCAUACAUUGUGUAUGUUUUUACUUCAGGGGCCCCUGAGGCCAAGGGGGGCGAUGACGAAGACGGGCGCUCGCAGCUGGACGUCAUCGAUAGUAACCGCGCAUGCAACUGCGUGCGCUUGUAGACGUAUACUAGCUGCUCCUGAUAGUCGAUCACCCAUCAAUUGGGUAAGUGGACGUUGGCACUGGUUUUGUGGGGUGGAUGGGCCCAAGUAAGGAAGCGGCAAAGUAAGAUGAUCACACUGAAUAACGUCCCAAGUUACCAGUAUCGUAGGGAUGUAUAUGUGCUAUUGGGUGUUGCUGGGUGUCAAUGCAGGAUUAAUACCUGAUAUGGGCCCUUUCUGGAAUGUCGGGUCCAAACUGCUAUGCGCGAAUGCUUCAGGCCUGAGGGUAUCGAGUGCGCUCAUGAGCAAGCGCCCUUUAG